GGCGAGGUCGAUCAUCGGAACGGGGUCAAGUCUUACUGUGAGUCUGUGACGUGGAAACAAGGAAUGCUGGAACGCGACGACAAGGUACAACGAACUGGGGUUGGAUCCCCGGCACCGCCUGUGUGGAGUUUGCAUGUUCUCCCCGUGCCUGUGUGGGUUUUUUCUCCGGGUACUCCGGUUUCCUCCCACACCCCAAAGACAUGCGCGCUAGGUUAAUUGAUGACUCUAAAUUGCCCGUGAGUGUGAAUGUGCCCUGCGAUUGGCUGGCAACCAGUUCGGGGCAUACCCCGCCUCCUGCCCGACGAUAACUGGGAUAUGCUCCAGCACUCAUGCGACCCUUGUGAGGAUAAGCGGCUCAGAAAAUGGAUGGAUGGAUGGAUGGAUGGAUGGAUGGAUGGAUGGAUGUUCUGCACCAAAAGAGGUAAGAUUUGAAAGCAGUGAAAAUCAUCUCCUCUUCCUACUGCUUCAUCUUGUUGUUGUUAAGGGCAACCACAGGAUGGAGUAGAAUGCACCAAUGCUGUCAAGCGAGCACCAUAUGUGUGCUCGUCACUCAAGUGUACCUCACGAUUUCAUGAAUUGACUUCGUGCAGACUAACCCAACACGAAAGGAUGGCCUGUACUGAUGUUUAUUUGCAAAAACGGCAUCUUAACCUUUGUUAGGGUGAACUCAGUUGACCUCCGCCAACUAAGAGCCAACAAUCGUCACCAAAUGUGUGAUGAAUAUGUAUGUACAACCCUUUUAUGCAGAACUGUACCAAAUGUAAAUGUCCUUAAGGACGUCAUGACAGCAACGUGGCAUGUCCUUAGUGUUGAUGGGUGUGACAUCCCUCCAUCAACUUGAAUAUUGGACACCAGAAUGUGCACCAACAUCUUUUCAUGGGCUAAAAAACUACUGUAGGCUAUAUCUGAGACAUAUCACUUUCUGGAGGUUUAAAUUGCUGGGGUCAAACAGAGCCCAUGGAUAAAAGAUGUCAGGAAAUGUGCAGGUAAUUGGAGGGUUAAUAAUAAUUUGCAUCUGAUUGCUGUGGGCGCGUGUGCGCUCAACAGUUUAACCUCGGAACCGCAACGACUGAAGCUUCCUAAUCUGACUGUCUCUUAGCCCUCCUCGCUGGCUGCCAUCUCCACGUCUCCCUCUCUCCCGCCUUCCUCUCUCCGUCCCUCCCUCCGCUCUUUCUACCUGAUCCAACUCGUUUCCGGCACCGCGAGCACCACCGCGGCUGUGAAGCCGAGCUGCAGGGGAGGAGGAGGAGGUGGAGGAGGAGGAGGAGAGGGCCAGGCGCCGAAUACUCGGAACCGGCCGACGAGCGAGCGAGCGCGCGCGCGCGGCAUGCCGGGCGAAGAGCGGCAUGGGGGAUCGGACGCACGCGCGGACCGGCCAGCCACAAAUGCAACGAGCCUCAUUUUCCUCCUGUCUUUGCCCAUCAUCGUCGUCGUCGUCGUCGUCGUCGUCGUCGUCAUUAUCAUCAUCGCCACCACCACAUAUGUUGCCAUCCUAAAGGGCCGUUCUGCUUAUUAACAAAAAGGAGGAACUUGCUGUACAGGAAAAGUUUGUGUCGGAUCGAGAUUAACGAAGUGUUCCCCCAUGCCCAAACCGUGCCCCGCCAUGGCUUCCAAACUAAACCCCAACGUUCUGUAUGUGGCCGAGCCCAGCGAGUCGGCCCCAGCGGACCCCGAGAGGACACCUCUUCAGACCGGGGAUGCGGCAGACGAGUCCUCCGACAGCGACGGUGAGCAAGAGGAGACGUCACACAAGCUCAUCCGCAAAGUGUCUACUUCAGGCCAGAUCCGGGCCAAGAAGAGCGUGAAAGAGGGAAUCCUGUUGAAGCAAACAAGCUCCUUCCAAAGAUGGAAACGCCGCUACUUCAAGCUCCGAGGGAGGACGCUUUACUAUGCCAAGGACUGCAAGUCUCUUAUUUUUGAUGAGGUCGACCUGUCAGAUGCCAGUGUGGCCGAAACAGGCACCAAGAACAUCAACAACAGCUUCACAGUUAUCACUCCUUUUCGCAAAUUGAUCCUGUGUGCUGAGAACAGGAAGGAAAUGGAAGACUGGAUCGGGGCCCUCAGAUCUGUCCAGAAGUGGGAAAUCUAUGAGGCCAGCCAGUUCAACAUGGAGCAUUUUUCGGGGAUGCACAACUGGUACGCCUGCUCGCACGCCCGACCCACCUUCUGCAAUGUCUGCAGGGAGGCUCUGCCGGGCGUCACCUCCCAUGGCCUUUCCUGCGAAGUGUGCAAGUUCAAGGCUCACAAGCGCUGUGCAGUUCGCUCCACGAACAACUGCAAAUGGACCACACUGGCCUCGAUUGGGAAUGACAUCAUUGAAGAUGAGGAUGGGGUUUUGAUGCCCCACCAGUGGCUGGAAGGCAAUCUGCCUGUCAGCGCCAAGUGCAUGGUUUGCGACAAGAACUGCGGAAGUGUCCGGCGGCUGCAGGACUGGCGCUGCCUCUGGUGCAAGGCCAUUGUCCACAGCAGCUGUAAAGAACAAAUGGAGAGAGUGUGUCCCUUGGGUCAGUGUCGAGUUUCCAUCAUCCCUCCUACUGCACUUAACAGCAUCGACUCUGAUGGCUUCUGGAAGGCCACGUCAGCGUCCUGUUCCAGUCCUCUUCUAGUACUCGUCAACUCCAAAAGUGGAGACAACCAGGGUGUGAAGUUCUUGCGCAAGUUCAAGCAGCUCCUCAACCCGGCCCAAGUCUUUGACCUGAUGAAUGGAGGGCCGGAGCUCGGCCUGCGCCUCUUUCAAAAGUUUGUGACAUUCCGUAUCUUGGUGUGCGGGGGUGACGGCAGUGUGGGCUGGGUGCUGUCGGAGCUGGACAAACUCAACCUCCACAAGCAGUGCCAGCUGGGUGUGCUGCCCCUGGGCACCGGGAACGACCUGGCUCGGGUUCUGGGCUGGGGGGGCCUCUGCGACGACGAUGCUCAGCUGCUGCAGAUCUUGGAGAAGCUGGAGAGGGCCACUACCAAAAUGCUGGACCGGUGGAGCGUAAUGACCUACGAGGUUCCUGCUACCUCCAAACCGGCCCCAUCAGUGAGGGAAGAUGACAACCUCAACUGCCCCAUGCAGGUUCACAUCACUCAGUACGCCGACUCGGUCGCGUCCCACCUGGCCAAGAUCCUGGAUUCAGACAAACACAGUGAUGUCAUUUCCUCUGCCAAGUUCCUGUGUGGGACGGUGAACGAGUUUGUGGCGGAGGUGGGCAAAGCAUACGAGAGGGCCACGGAGAACAAGGAGGAAGCGGACGCCAUGGCAAAGAAGUGUGCUUUGCUGAAUGAGAAGCUGGAUUCCCUGGUCAAAGCCUUAAGUGAGGAAGCAGAAGCUCAGGUUGUUCCAACGGGUUCCCUGGCUGGCCAGGAAGAUGGUGGCUCAGCCCCAGAUAAAGAUGGCAGUGACGCAUGCGCCGAUGGCCAAACUUACCGCUCCAGGGAGCAGUUGAUGCUGCGCGCCAACAGCCUGAAAAAGGCCCUGAGGCAGAUCAUCGAACAGGCAGAGAAAGUGGUGGAUGAGCAGAACCGACACACUCAGUUCCACAGGAUGUGGUCGUCAUCUUCCAUCAAAAGAGAAAACAGCGAGGAACUCAAGGAUGCGGAGAUGCGUACAUGCCACAGACGUUUAAGUCCAACCUCUCCCAUCGUCCUGGAGCAACCGAAGAGACUCCACGCGGUCAACUUCAACGAGGACUCAGUACAAUGCUUGGAGAAGUGUGUGAUGAACAACUACUUUGGCAUCGGUCUGGACGCCAAGAUCUCGCUGGAGUUCAACAACAAGCGAGAUGAGCAUCCUAAAAAGUGCAGCAGUCGCACAAAGAACAUGAUGUGGUAUGGAGUGCUGGGAACUAAAGAGCUGGUCCAGAAGACCUACAAAAACUUGGAGCAGAGGGUUCUGCUUGAGUGCGACGGUGUCUCCGUUCCUCUUCCGAUUCUCCAGGGCCUGGCGGUGCUCAACAUUCCCAGCUACGCAGGCGGCAUCAACUUUUGGGGAGGCACCAAGGAGGACAACAACUUUGGGGCUCCGUCUUUUGACGACAAGAAACUUGAAGUAGUGGCUGUGUUUGGCAGCAUGCAGAUGGCCAUGUCCAGAGUCAUCAACUUACAGCACCACCGUAUUGCACAGUGCCGCCAGGUGAAGAUCACUAUCCUAGGGGAGGAGGGUGUCCCUGUGCAAGUGGACGGCGAGGCUUGGAUCCAGCCACCGGGUAUCGUCAAGAUACUCCACAAGAAUCGAGCGCAGAUGCUCACCAGGGACAGGGCGUUUGAGAGCACGCUCAAGUCGUGGGAGGAUAAGUUAAAGAUCGACAGCGACCGUGUCAACAGGCCCCGCCUCAACUCACAGCAGUCCAUGGAGUACUUGACGGAGGAGGAGUGCGCUCAGGUGCAGCAGCUGGGCACGGUGGCCGACACGCUCAUCAGCAAGAUCCGCGAGGCCGCCAAGACCCACAAGCUGGUGGAGCAGGAGCUGGCACACGCCGUCAACGCCAGCGCCACGGUGCUGACCGAGGCCAAGCUGUCCAGCCCUGAGUUUUUGAGUCGCAGCACAGCCGUGGAAAUUGUCAACAGCAGCAAAGUUCUCCAGGCAGAGACAACCAUGCUUCUGGAUGGAAAACAUCUGUCCGAGUUCCCUGAGGAAGAGGGGCUCCGCUUAACCCUGAACAGCCUGAGUGCUGAGCUCCACAAGCUGGAUGACAUCCACUGGAUCUGUCCACUAAUGCACUGUGCUGAGGAGGGGUUGGCGCGUCCCAGUAGUAAAAGCAGCAUAAAGCUUAAGAUCAUGCCCAAGGUGAAGAGGGAGAAGGAAAAGCUCCACAAGCAGAAGUCAAACAGCUCGCUCUCAGUGUCUACACGUUGCUUGCAUGCAGCAGAGUGCAGCCAUCUCUUAGAAACGACACGACGGAAACCGCCUUCAGACUGAAAUGAGACUUUUCGGGGACACCUUGUUUCUACGUCACGCAACCUUCAAUGACACCAGAAGCCGAUGUGCAGAAAUGUUGGACGUCGAACAGAAAAGAAAAACACUGAAUGUAUUUGUGUGUUGAGCUGUUAAUAAUACUACUGAUAAUAAUACCGAUAAUGAUGUGCACAUGCAAGGUGCUCAAGCGGUUUUGACUUUGUUUGGCUUGUCGUGACCUCCACUAAAGAGGUCACGGUUGGUGGUUCACGAUCAGCUGACUGUAGAUGUAAUGCACCAAUGUGAAUGUUUGCUUUGCCAGUAGUUGGCAAUUGUUCUUAUCGUCUUGCUCUCGUGGGUUUGCUGUCCAAUCCCCCACCACCCCCAGGUCCACCAAACCAUCCCUCCCGUGCGUUCAUAAACACGAUAGGAUCAAUGAAGAAAUCAAGUCGGCCAAAUGGGCAAAUCGGUCGUUUGCGUAAGCAUGUUUAGUCUAAGCCGACGCUUGCUGCGAGGGGCAUACUAAACGAUAGCGCGUGCAGGAACAUGCUCGUUUCCGCUCACGGUCGAGCAUCGCCAAGCUCCACUGUCGUCGGGUGCUGUUUCUGCAUCCGGUGUGCGCCGAUGCCUUUUUGCCUUCAAGGCUUUUGCGGUGUUGUGCCAAGCAGAGCGACACACUACAGUCGUGUGUGCAAUGUGGCGCUCAUUUCAAGUUUACCGUGUCUGUGCUCGCACUUUACAAACUCCUUGAUGGGGGAAAUGUGCGUGUACACGCGUUUACGGGAAAGUAGGUGAAGAAUAUCAAUUGUUAUUUGUGAUGAACUAUUAAAUAUGUAAUGUAAAAAUGCACGCCCAUCGAUGUGAUCCAUGGCUGUGGCGUUCCCGCUCCCGUGUCCACUGACGCGCCGGGCCAACGUGUUACCAUGGUAACCACGUUAUCCAUUUGAAGCUUAAAGCCAAAGCUUAAGUCGACUCGUGAAUCACUUAUUGAUGAAGAUAAAAUGUUUGUGUACAAUGUGUCACUUUUUGAAAUCGUAUCAUCAACUUGUUCUGAACAUAUGAUCGCAACGUGUAUAUUGGUUUUAAAAAGAAAGCUCAUGUAUAUUGAAUUUUAUCAAUGAUCGUUUGAAUGUAAUUUAAUGGGGUUAACAAUGAUUCCGCAAUGCCGGGUGUUUGCACGAGUGUGUGCGUGUUGCCAGUUGUUCCGUCAUGUAUCAAAGAUAAGCUUUGGAAAUUAAAAUGACUUGAUGGUGUGAUAAAUGUGCGUCUGCCGCUGCUUCCAACGUGUCUGACUUAAAAGUAAGGUUUAUUAAUACCCGCAUGUAAGUUAGUAUGAAAAUGCUUGCCGCAGCUUCUCCCUACAUACAUCGUGACCAAGAAAGCUGACACAAUAUGAAGUUGUCGUUUCUCUUAAUUGUCGAUUCAUGAAAUGUUUAGAGUGAGGAGCUAUAAAGGUGUUCUGUCAUAAACUGACUUUGCCUCUUUUCCCAAGACAACUCUGCUUUCAGCUGGACUAUCGCAUGACAGGCGUGCGUGUCAAAUGCCUCAGUGUGUUCUGUAUGUUGUUUGUGAAUCCAUCCAGUAAGGAAUAAACCGUAUUGGAAAAGUAA